AGGAGGGAAAAGGGAACAGAUUAAAAAAAAAAAAAAACUGACUCCUGUGAACUUUCUGGGAAGUUUUUUUUUAAUGCUAUUUAUGAACUUUUUAACCAAAGUAAACUUUUAAUACUUGGAACACAACACGUGACAAGAUGAAGAGCCUGAAGUAUCGAUUGAAAAAGCACGAAGUGACCAUCACAAACACAGACUGGAACAAGUAUGAUGAUCGGCUGAUGAAGGCCGUGGAACGGAGCGAGGUGGACAAGGUGGCCGCCGUUCUCAGCAAGAAGGGCAUCAUCCCCACCAAGCUGGACGUGGAAGGACGCUCAGCGUUUCAUUUGGCUGCAACGCGAGGACACCUGGACUGUCUCAAUCUCAUCCUGGGACACAGUGUUGAUGUCACUGCGACUGAUGCCACUGGCAAAAAUGCUCUUCAUCAGGCUUCAAGAAACGGACAUUCUCUGUGUGUGCAGAAACUCUUGCAGCACAACAGUCCAGUUGGAAAUGUGGACCUACAAGGAAGAACAGCUCUACAUGAUGCUGUCAUGGCCGGCUGCUCCUCCAGCGUGAAACUUCUCUGUGACAGCGGGGCUUCUGUGAAUACCACUGAUUUCGAUGGCAGGACACCUCUGGUGCUGGCAACCCAGAUGUGUCAUCCACGCAUCUGUCAGCUGCUGCUGGAGCGAGGGGCUGACAUCACCAGCCGGGACAAACAAAAAAAGACGGCGCUGAUUCUGGGCUGCGAGUACGGCUGUAAGGAUGCAGUGGAGGUGUUGCUGAAGAACGGCACCGACGUGAAGGCAGUGGACGGCUCGGGUCACGAUGCGUUUCACUACGCUCGCCUCAGCAAGAACCUGGAGCUCGUUCAGAUGGUCAAAAGUUACCUCGACAAAGCCACCAGAGAUAAAGAGACUGCGAAGAUGGAGCAGUUGAAGCGACAGCAUUCAGUGGAGAGAUCAGAGGCAGCUGAGGUUAGCAGAAGGGAUCAGAUCAUACAUGAAUUGGAGAGGCAGAACGAGACCCUUCAGGAAAGUGUUAGGAAAUACCACCAGGAUCAGAGAGCCUUGUUAGAUAAAGUCAACGUGCUACAGCAACAGCUCACACAGGAAAAGAGCACUGUGGAAGACGCUCAAAAAGAGAAGGAGCAGUUGAAGAUGUUACUCGGUUCCAAAGAGAGUCAGGAUGGAGCUCGAGGCCAAGAGACUGUCAAGGUUCAGCUCCGGAGCACUUUGGGGGACUACUCUGGACAGUCUGUUAUCAAAGGUAAAGAAAACAUUUUGGUCAAACAAGCUCACAGUCUGGACUCUGAUCAGAUGCUCCAGAAUCAUGGCAUGUCGCGCUCGCUGUCCAGACCUCAAGAGAAGAGUCAGCCCACUGCAGGCUGGGACGUCUCUAGAGAACUGGAUGCCCUCAAACGUGAACUUGAGGCGGUCAAGAGAAAACAACAGGCAGCGGAUGAAGAGACGGCGCGGGUUCAGACGGCCCUGAACCGUAAGAACCGAGAGUGCCAAGAGCUGGUUCUUAGUCGGGACUCCAUCCAGAAACAGGCCGACCAGCAGGUCCAAGAACUGGAGGACGCCUUGGGGGACGUCCAGAAGAGGAUGCUGGAUUCUGAGUGUAAGGUCAAACAGCUGCAGGCCCAUGUGGUCGCUAUGAAGGAACACUUAGGGGGCCAGGCGGCGGAAGAGCUGCGCGCUCAGCUCCAGGAUGUCAAGGCCAAGUAUGAAGGAGCUUCGGCCGAGGUGUGUCGCGUUCGUAACCGCCUCAAACACAGCGAGAAGGCCUUGGAGGAGUACAAGAGCAGCGAGAACCAGCUGGCGACGGAGGCAGAGAAGUCGAAUCAAGAGCUGAGAGAAGUGAUCGCAGACAGAGAUGAACUGGCAGAAACCCUUCUAGAAAUGGAAACCCACUUAAAGGAGACCCAGGCCAAACACGGCCACACGGUGCCAGCUGAGAAGUUUGACAACAUGAAGAACCUGCUGAGCAACGCAGUCGAUGAGAAGGAACGGCAGAUCGCUGAGCUGAGGGAGGACUACGACCGCGUGCUGGAGGAGGUGGCCGAUCUCCAUCGAAAGCUGGACAGCCCGUCAUCCCAGGGAGGAUCGGGGGCGAUUGCUGCUGAGGAGCAGCAGAGGAUACGGGCGGCACUCGAAGAGCAGAACGCCUCUUUGAAAAGGAAACUGGUGGACGUGACCACCAGAAGCCAGUCUCUGAUUCAGGAGGUCGAGGAGAGCGAGGAGGAGAGAGACAUACUACGAGAGCAGCUGGACGAGCUCAACAGCAAGAUUGAGAUGGACUACGUUCCCAUGACGGCGCACGAUGAAGCGCGGAGGAACAUGGUGACGGCGCUGGAGGAGCUGGAGGACAAACUGGUGGAGGCCAGCGAACGUUACGGCAAAGCGGAGGCGCAAGUCCAGCAGCUUCAAUCCGAGAGGCCAGCGCUGCAGGAGAACAUCAGCAGUCUCCAGAGCGCCACCGAGAGACACCAAAGUGAAAUGGAAGCUCUGAGAUCCCAGAACGCCGACCUGAUGAAGCAACUUGCACUUUUGCAGAGGAGAUGUGAAGACCGGGAUAGAGAGUGUGUGCAGCUGACCACGCAGAGCCAGACUCUGAAGCAGAGCAUGGAGGGAGAGUAUGUGCCCAGACAGCAGCACGAGCAAGUGAAGAUGGAGCUGAGUUCCACCUUAGAGAGCGUUAAAGCCGAGAGGUUGAAGUUGGAGACCAAGGGUAAAGAAAGUGGGGAAGAAUUGACGAAUGUGAAAGAAAGAAAUGAAAAGUUAAAAGAAAUGUUGGAAAAAGUCCAGUUGGAGAUGAAAAAGGACUACGUGAGCGAGAAAGACCACAAAGCUAUGACAGACAAGUUGAAUGCUGCCGUGGUCGAGGCAGAGAAUAAAGCAAACGAAGUGUCAAGGAAUUAUGUGUUGGCUCAGGAGGAAACGGUAAAGCUCACACAGGAACUGGAAGAGCAGAAGAAAGAACUCGACACCAUACAGGAGGCCAUUCAGUCCAAGUUUAUUCCACUGACGGCAGCCGAGGAGAAGGAGCACUCUCACAGUGCUCAGGUGAAGGAGCUGACGGUCAAGCUGUUGGAGAUGGAAGAGAAGUAUAAGAAAGAAAUGUCUGCAAGAGAGAGCGUCAAACAGGAGAACGAGAAACUAAGAGCUGAGAUCGAAUCCGUUCAACGGAGACUAGACUCCGCUGCAGCUUCCAGUGAAAAGCACAAGAAUGUGGAGGAGGAGUUCAAGGAUAAAUUUGAGGGAUUAACACAGAAGUUGGUCAAGUUAGAGCAGCAGCACGAGGAGGUUACGCUUCAGAAAGCCGAUCUCCAAGAGCAGAACGCCCACGGCAAGGCUCAGAUCCAGAACCUCCAGGAGCGUCUGAAAUCGGAGUUGACUCGGAUUGCGACGUACGACACGGAGCUUAAAGCGCUCAAUGACGCCAUGCGGCAAGCCCAGGCGGAUUGCAAGAAAGCAAGGGAUGCUCAGCAGGAGGAGGCCCAGAGGGUUUGCGCCUUGCAGAAAGAGGUUCAGGACCGCCGCGGGGAUCAGGCUUCUCUGCUGCAACAACAAGCCGAGGCCACGGAAGCCCUGGAGGCCGAGGUCGCUAAGUUUCGUUUGGAUCUGCGAGAGGAGGAGGAGAACAGCGCCCAGAGGGCCGAGGACGUGUCCGCCCUGCAAUCCGAGCUCCUCCAGGCCACGCAGGCUCUCGAGGAAAUUAACUACAAAGAAGACCAAAUGAACCAGCUGAAGAAGGAGAAGCAGCAGCUGGAGGAGGAGGCUGCCAACCUGAGCAACAAGCUUCGGAGCUUAGCAGAAGAGAGCACAGAGGCCCGUCGGGAGGCAACCCAAGCCAGGGAGGGCGAGAGCCGGGCGCGGGCAGAGAUGGAGGCCGUCCAGGAGAAGGGACGCUCCAUCGAGAGUGAAAUCAGGGAGCUGAAAGAGAGAUACGAUGAGUCGCUCUCCACCAUCCGUGAUCUUCAAAGGGGGAUUCAGAAAUCAGCUCAGCAGACUGAAGCCAAAGACAGAAAGAUCACAGAGUUGCUGACAGAUGUUGAGCGAUUGAAGCAGGCACUAAACGGUCUGUCCCAGCUGGCGUACACAAGCAACGCGCCCAAUAAAAGACAGACGCAGCACAUCGACACACUCCACACCGAGAUCAAGAACCUACAGCAACAGCUGGCUGAUGCUGAGAGGCAACACAGGGAGGUGGUUUCCAUUUAUCGGACUCAUCUUCUCAGUGCAGCACAGGGCCACAUGGACGAGGACGUUCAGGCCGCCUUACUGCAGAUCAUCCGCAUGAGACAGGAGUUUGUGUGUUAAAGCUCCUACGAAAACAAAACGCUGCCUGCUGACUCAAAUUCACCAUUCUCACAUCUCCUACUGCUGAGUUCACCUGCUGUGGCCCCUGUGGGUGCCCGGUGUGUGUGUGUGUGUGUGUGUGUGUGUGUGUGCGUGCGUGUGCGUGUGUGUGUGCGCAUGUGUGUAUGUGUUUGUCAUUUGGCAAUAUUGCAAAAAACAGACAAUUAUAUAUUAGUAUGGCUGCACUUUGGUUCCCAAAUAUCAAUGUUGUAGGUAAAAGUCAAUAACCGUAGAUUUAGAUACAAAUUAUCUCAACUUUCAUAGAUCUCAGCAAAUGAAAACCUUACUUAAAAAAAGCUGUCGUAUCAAUUUAUGUAUCAAACUUACCUGUGAAAUGGGGGUGUCACGAUUCUCCAAAUCAGAUUUAUUUAAAAUGUUAUAAAAAUGACUUAUUUCACCAGUAAAUAGAGAACAAACUGUUGAAACACGAUAAGAAGAGCCACUAGAUGACAGCAGGAUACUUUACAACAUCAGGGAAUCAGGAGGAUUUUACACUUCUCUUGUUUCAUCAGUCACCAUGCUGUUGCAAAAAGUGCUACUGCAGGCUACCAGUAAGCUACGCUGCGUCGUAUUUGAAGUGCGUUUUCUUUUUCUUUUUUUUAAGAAAAGUGGAAAAUGAUACUGAGAAUCGGCAAUGCUGCUUUUGAUUUCUACGGUUUGAAUCAAAAAUGAAUUUAAAUCGUGACACCCUUACUGUGAAAUAAUUUUGCCUUAUAUUUUUGCCAUUUAUGCAGGAACAUUUUCCUCUUCCUCUUACAGAACGGUAUAUGAGAAUGAGAUUCCGUACAUCACUGUGGGAUCUGUUGUGCAUGAUAAUGCAAAAUCAUUGCAUUGUUAUGCCGCUUUAACAGUUAUUGUACAUGUAUGACCUUCUCAUAGAUGACUCAUUCUUCACAUGCUCAUUAAAAUGUAAAACGGACAUGAACACAAAGACCACUUUUCACAUUCCCACCUGACAGUCAGCUCUCAUACAGUAUGUUUUCACGUUGGACAGCGGUGUUUGCUAGAAUUUGAGGGAAACGUUCACAUUUCUUUUUCAAGUGGACCUUAAAGGCAGAAUACAUAGGGUUUUCCUUAAAAUAUAUAGAUAUUGUCUGAACACUGAAAUAGGUUUUAUUUGCUGUAAGCAUUCCUCCUGUUCAUACUGGAUACUAAAAUACCCCUUUAAAACUUGUGUACAUGCCCUUUAAAUCAAUACAGCAUGUGUAUAUAAGGAGUUCUUUGUCGCUGUAAUCUGGCUGGCAGUGAAAAGAUCUCUUCGUAACAAACGCUAUACAAAUAAUAUGUAUUAUUAUUAACACGAUAAAAUUGUAACAGAUUGUGGCGCUGUGCAAAAGCAAAUUCAAAAGUUUAAGCUUUGCAAAUGAGGCUUCACCAGUAUGAAGCAGUCAUAACAAUUAUGCAGCUGUCUUUUCUUAGUUUAAAAUCCCCUGUUUGUCAAGACAUUGCUAAAGAAAAAGGACAUUUUGCAAUAAAAUGUCUUAAAUUUUGGAAGUUACCCACAUGAUUUGACUGACUGUCUCACAGAAAGAGGACUGUGGACAUCUCUUACUUUAGAACAGUUUUAUAAAGGAACCCCUCACAUGCAGUAUGGACAGAAGGAUUGAUUACAGCAUCCCAUAUUUAAUGUUGUCAUAAUUGUUUUAAGACAGACUUAAAAGAAUGUGAACCUAUCAUUUAACUUUGUUAAUGUCAGCUACUUACUGGAGACAUUUGAGUCUCUCUUUACUCAUUUUGUGGCUCAGUUAUUGUCUCCUGGAGGUCCAAACCAGCACCCACGUUUUCAGAAUAAUCCAAAGACCUGUAGAGGAUAAAAAAAACAAAACUCCAAAUCUAAAAGUACUCGUAAUUUCUGCACCGUGGCAGAUAGUAAUAUAAUGACAUAUUUGGGAGUCAUGUCACUCUCACAGCCUAAUUGAGUCCUGACAUGGUUUGUGCUGGAUUUGAGUCAUGGAGGGAGAGGAGAUCUCUUGCUGUGUCCCACAGUUUGCAGUGGCAAGUCGUCCUUUUUCUUUUUUGUUGUUGAAACCAGAGUGUCCUCUAGUGGAGAGACUUGGCAGGCCAAGUUGGUAGAAGUUGUAAUAAUGAGUGUGGCCCAGGGGUAAGCAGCUGCUGUUAUUUAGAAGCUGUAAUAUCUGUAAAAUGUGUUAAAUCUCACGGAUAGCUGAGAGAAUAUAAAAUGUGAAUGUAACACUAAAUUGACCGAGCGUUAUCUACUUGUAUCUGUUGCUUAGCAUUAUAACAUUUAAACCAAACCCCCUGUUUAAAGACAGUUAAUGUCCCAGCUGAAGCUUGACUUUAUACAAAACCUGAUUUCUGCAGAAGUGAAUACUUUCUAGAGCAAAAAAGGCUGCGUACCCCUGAGCCCGCUCUUUGUGACUCUUGAUGGUGUCGUGUCGUGGUGUUGUGAUUGUUGAGCGAGUCUCUUAUGCCUUUACACUGAUAUAUUUUUCAUAGCUUUGUACUACUUUGAUUACUGUACCUACAGUGUGACAAUUCUGAUAUUCAGCAGGUCUGGAAGUAGAGCGGCACAAAACAGGUUCAGGGUAACGUUUAACUGUAGUGUGACCCGAAUAGAGCAGAAACAUUUAUUUAUGUGCAUAAACAAAACUCUUUACGGUUAUUUCUUUUGAAGCACUCCUGUCUUUACCUUCCACCUUUACACGGUUAAAAUACUCGCUCUCCGUUUUUGUAUUUUGGCCAAAAAACUCGCAUCGACAGAUAGUUUAAUAAAUGCCUCUUGCAUUUUGUAAUGCAGGUGUUAUGAAUAAUUACUUUCUGUCUUCCAUGUACUGUUUAACAUAGAAUGUAAGUUGAAUCUAAGUCGAUCUCUAAACAACUUCACUGUGUACCGGUCUGUUUAAACCGGUUGACGUCUUUGACAAUAAUCUUUGUGUUUGUGAAUCAGUAAUACAAAAUCAAUAAAAGUGCCUAACAUAGA